AUGCCCAACAGCAUCAAGACAAGAGAUAAGGAGAAGAAGAAGAAGGAGAGUAUCUUGGACCUCUCCAAGUACAUCGACAAAACCAUCCGGGUGAAGUUCCAGGGUGGGAGAGAAGCAAGUGGUGUCUUGAAAGGAUUUGACCCUCUUCUGAACCUUGUGCUUGAUGGUACCAUUGAAUAUAUGCGAGAUCCAGAUGAUCAAUACAAAUUAACAGAAGACACACGUCAGCUGGGACUUGUGGUCUGCAGAGGGACUUCUGUGGUUCUUAUUUGUCCGCAGGACGGAAUGGAAGCUAUUCCAAACCCUUUCAUCCAGCAGCAAGAUGGGUAGUGCUUUCUUUGGAUUGUCUCUGAAGACUUCAAGGGUGCAAAUCAUUGGAGAAAACUGUCAGUGUGUGAGAAGCUUCCUGUUUUGGGGGAGGAGUUUGAAUGUGUAUUUGUUAGUGUGAAAGAACAUUCAACUUUUAUUUUUGUGGCUUUCCAUAAAUGAUGAGAGGAUUUGGCAUGGUGUGUAAGAAUUAAGUUCCAAUUCCCCCUGCCCCCAAAUAAAUGUGUAACUACAUUGUUUAGAGCUUACAGGAGAGAAUGUACUGUUACGGAAUUGUCUGAGACCCUCUUGAUCUUGUGAGUUUUGAAACAACCACAUAAAAUUAGUAAAGAAUGCCCUGAAUAUUGGUUACAUCUUUAAAUACAUUAAAAUGUAUUUAAUCUAAAGCCUAAAUACAUUAGAAUAUGUUCUUCCUCUUAGAUGUCAGUACUCGGCGGGGAAGCAUUGUGUUGUAGUCUUCCUGCUG